CGUGGUGACGGGCGGGGAGGGGGGAGAGGGAGGAGCGGGACCAUGGCGGCAGCGGCGAUGAUCCUGUUGCUCCUACUCGGCGGCUUCAUGGCCGUCCGGCCCCAGGCGGCCGACAAAUACUCGCGCCUCAAGAACGAGGACGAGGAGACCCCGGGGAAAGAGUUCAGGGUCGCCAAACUCAGCCAGGUGUGGGACAAGGCGCAGAGGCUUCAACUGUCCCCAGUGAAGCUGGCAGAGCUGCACAGUGACCUGAAAAUCCAGGACAAAGAUGAGCUCAACUGGAAGAAGCUGAAGGCUGAUGGUUUUGAUGAGGACGGUGAGAAGGAAGCGAGGAUCCGUCGUAACUUCAACGUUAUCCUCACAAAGUACAAACUUGAUGGGCGAAUGAAAACCAUGCCUUCAGAAUCCAAUUACCUCAGGGAUUUGGGAGAUUCCGAAAAUGAUGUAUUUGAUGACCCAAAACUAGAAAAAUUAUGGAAUAAGGCAACGACAUCGGGGAAAUUUAACGAUGAAGAAGUUCGGAAACUGCGCCGUGAGUUUCUGCAUCACCAGGACAAGAUUCAGGAGUAUCACAUCCUGAGGGAGACUGUCAGCAGGAGUGAAGACAUACAUCAGAACGCGAUCAGCCCUGGUGAAGCCCACGUCCAGGAAGAUUUACUACACACCAAGCAUGCAGAGUUGAAGGACAAGCACCGCAAUGUCCAAGAAAGUUUUGGGCGUUUGCGCAAACUGAUCCACCAAGGCUACGAUGAGGACAGUGAAUUUUCUGAACCUAGAGUUCUUGAGCUGUGGGAUAUGGCCAAACAGUCGAAUUUCUCACAUGAUGAGCUGGAUUCCAUUAAGGAGGAGCUGAAACACUUUGAGGUGAAGAUUGAGAAGCACCACCAUUAUCAGGAGCAGCUCGACCUAUCUCACCAGAAGCUAAAACAUGUGGAGACUAUUGGAGACAAGGAACAUCUAUCUCGAAACAAAGAAAAGUAUAAAAUGCUGACAGAAAAAACUAAAGAACUCGGCUACAAGGUAAAAAAGCAUAUGCAAGAUCUUCUGGCCAGACUCUCAAGGGGAGGACUGAACCAUAAUGAGUUGUGACUCUCCAGUUAUCCCCACCCUGUCGUAUAGUCGGGUGCAGGUGGAACCCUGCAGCAGAGAUAAGUACCAAAUAAUCAUUAAUCACUGGUUCUCAGCACUCAGAUUUUUCUAUAAUUGUCUUUUGUGCAAAUUGUUGAAGCUACUGGAAUGUAACCCAGCAGCACACUAGAUUAAUGCCGUUGAUUAUUGCUGAUGACCAAGUUACUGAUGAAAACAAUUUACAAGAUCUGUAUAAUCAAACGCACCAUCUCUGUUCAAUCAAAAUCACUGAUUUCUGAACCUUCUGUACAAUUCUUUUUGCAGAUGGCUGACUUUUGCUUUUAAUCAAUAAUUAGGUCUGAGUGAACGAACAGAUGUAUAGUGCUCAACUCGGCUUUGUCUCAGUAACUGAGUUUAUGAACUGAAACGUGUUAAUCAAGUGAUGCACCUUCCCAAUUGCAGCUUAUCCAUGACAGCGUAUUUCCUCCCCAGCAAUCUCUGACAUUCACAAAGGAGGCAGGAUCAAUAUUUCCUUUCAAGCUGCAACCUCUCCUCCGAAUCUCUUAAGGCCAGUCCCUGUGCCUCCUGUAUAAAAUUCUCAUCCUUGUAACUCAAUGCACUUGACCUUCCCUGUCUCUAACCAUCCUAACUCCCAAGGAAUUCCAAAGCGGUAGAUGGGCUUAUCAGAAUCUCUUCUGAUUUCCGGGCUUGGGAAGGUGCAAACAUGAGGGAAUGACUCAUAGUAAAAAGUGAAAGCCAAGUGACUCUGGGUAUGGUGGAAAACCUCCCAACUCAGCACUUGUGUUGUAAAGACAAUGUCAUAAAAGCUUGCAUGACAUCAACGUUUGCCCUGUGCUGAGGUUUUUAGUUGAGUGCUUCAUUACCCAGCCUUCCCCAUGUCCAAGCACCUCGUUCCUUCAGUUGAUGACAGGCGGUGAAGCAAUGUUGGACUGGAAAGCAUACGUGGCGGCUGUCCUACAAGACAGCACUAUUGCGGACAUUGCAAUUGUCGGAUGCACCCCCAAGAACAAAUCCAUCUGGGCAUGCAGAAGCGAUGGUGUAUUCGGCCGCAUUACAUCCCAGGAGAUUGAAGUGAUCAUCGACACCGACAGGAAGUGUAUCCUCCAAAACGGCAUAACCAUUGGUGGGAAGAAGUAUUCCAUCAUCCGGGAUAACAUGCUGUUGGAAAAUGAUCCUUCCAUGGAUAUCAGGACACUGGGUAAUGAGGGCAUGAGCAUUUGUAUUGGGAAAUCUACCAAAGCCAUGAUGAUUCUGAUGGGCCGGAAAGGAGUUCAUGGAGGUGUCAUCAACAAGAAGAUGCAUGACAUGGUGGACUUUCUAAGUAGAAAUGGCAAGAUCUAAAUGGUCAAGUAUGAAAUAAAGGUGAUGACCCC